GCCUCCUUAGAAGCGAACCGGUUUCACUUUCGGAUUCCCGGAAAGCAGCGCGCCUCUUGGAAGAAGGCACCCGGUGGAGGGGCUUCCCAGGGAGGGACUUCCCGGCCGCGCAGCUGAGGAAUCUGUCAAUCCUUCGGACCUCUACACCCUCCUCAACUUUGCCUCCCUAUUCCUCUGGAUCUCAUUCUUAUUCCGGCUCGAUUUCGUCCCAACCAACUAAACCCAGGCGCCGCUUCUUUUAACUGGUUUGUGAAAGAAGGAAGGCGCGACUGCGGGAAGCGGCCGGCAGAGGGCGCGCGUUCGUUCUCUAGUGCGCGCGUCUUAGCCAAUCAGAAGCGCCUAUUUCUAGAGGCAGGCUGUCAAAGGAACUCUUAUGAGAAGAGCAGCAGGGCUUCAUUCUCUCCUUGAACCUGUCUGAUUAAGGAAGACAGGAAACAAGGAAAGUAAGGAGCAAGGAAGGAAAGCAAGAAGUAAGGAAGGAAAGCAAGCAAGAAGGAAAGAAGGAAGGCAGCGAAGAAGGAAAGUAAGGAGCAAGGAGGGAAAGCAAGAAAGAAAGAAGGAAAGCAAGAAGGAAAGAAGGAAGGCAGAGAAGAAGGAAAGAAAGAAAGGAAGGAAGGAAGGAAAGCAAGAAGAAAGGAAGGAAGGAAAGCAAGCAAGAAGGAAAGAAGGAAGGAAGGCAGGGAAGAAGGAAAGUAAGAAGGAAGGAAAGCAGGAAAGAAGGAAAGCAAGCAAGAAGGAAAGAAGGAAGGAAGGCAGGGAAGAAGGAAAGUAAGAAGCAAGGAAGGAAAGCAAGAAGAAAGGAAAGAAGGCAGGAAAGAAGGAAAGUAAGAAGGAAGGAAAGCAGGAAAGAAGGAAAGCAAGCAAGAAGGAAAGAAGGAAGGCAGGGAAGAAAGAAAGUAAGAAGCAAGGAAGGAAAGCAAGGAGCAAAGACAGAAAGCAAGAAGGAAGGAAGAGGACUUCUUGCCUCCCUCCAGCCCUUCUCCCUGAUGUCCCCCCUGCUGCGCCCCUUGCUGCUGCUCCUGCUGGUGGACGUGGGCUCCCUGGGCCUGUCCCAGCGGUGGCCCUUGCCCUCCCUGUGGGGCCCACUGCCCUCCUUGUGGGUCCUGGCUCUUCUGCGGGGUCUGGGGCUGACCCUGGGGGUGCUGUUCCUCCGGCCAGGUCUGCCUCUCGGCCUGACCUCCACCCUGCUGCCCUCGGCCGCCCUCCUGGCCCUGCUGCCCCCCUGCUGUGCCACCCUGCAGUCCUUCUCCUUCCCCGCAGGAGGAGCCCCAUGGCUGGCCCUCUCCUGGGGCAGAGUGGACACCCUGGCCCUGCACUAUGUGGCCGUGGUGGCCGUGGCCCUCCUCUGGCACCACCUGAAAGGACCCCCACAGAAUGGAGGGGACCAGGAAAAGGAGGAAGGGGCCUCCUCGGCCUCCUUGGGGCGUCUGGUGAGCAGCAUGAGGCCAGAGGCACUGCGGUUCCUGGCCAUCGCUGGGCUCCUGGUGGCCUCCUCCCUGGGGGAGAUGGCCAUCCCAUAUUACACGGGAAGAGUGACUGACUGGAUCGUGACCGAGGCCAGGACUCCUGCCUUCCAGAAGGCCCUCUGGAUGAUGACAGUCUUCACGGUGGGCAGUGCCGUGACAGAGUUUGUCUGUGACCUCCUCUACAACACUACCAUGAACCGCUUCCACACCCGACUCCAGAGCACUGUUUUCGCCUCCAUCCUGCGCCAGGAGAUAGGCUUCUUCCGGGCCAGUCGGACAGGAGACAUCACUUCCCGAGUGACAUCUGACACGGAUGCCAUGAGUGAGGCCCUGAACGAGGACUUGAGUCUAUUGAUGUGGUACCUGAUGCGGGGGGUCUUCCUCUACGGCAUGAUGCUCUGGCUCUCGGUGCCCUUGGCUCUCUUGGCCACUGUGGCCUUGCCUUUCAUCUUCCUGCUGCCAAAGCUGACGGGGAAAUUUCACCAGCGCUUGGCUCGGGAGGUCCAGGAGUCUCUGGCAAAAGCCAACGAGGUGGCUGUGGAGAACUUCGAGGGUAUCUUGACUGUCCGCAGCUUUGCGAACGAGGAUGGCGCAGCUCGAAGCUAUGAGGAGAAGCUUCAGGAGACCUACAAGCUCAGCAAGAAGGAGGCUGGGGCCUAUGCGGUCAACAUGUGGACCAGCAACCUUUUGGAACUGGCCCUCAAAGCUGGCAUCCUGUAUUAUGGUGGCCAGCUUGUCACACUGGGGCGAGUGACCAGUGGCAAACUUGUCACCUUUCUUCUGUAUCAGAUGGAGUUCUCCUCAGCAGUGCAGGUCCUUCUCUAUUGUUACCCCAGGGUCCAAAAGGCAAUUGGCUCCUCGGAGAAGGUUUUCGAAUACAUCGACCGGGUGCCCAAGAUCAGCCCCUCCGGCACCUUGGCCCCCAAAGAUUUGCAGGGACACAUGGUGCUGAAGGAAGUGUCUUUCUCCUAUUCUGACCGGGACAAUUCCCUUGUCUUGAAGGGGGUGUCCCUGGAGCUGCAUCCUGGGACGGUGACCGCCUUGGUGGGUCCUUCAGGGUCUGGGAAGAGCACCAUUGUGGCCCUCUUGGAACGGUUCUAUGAGCCCCAGAAAGGUCAAGUGUUGCUGGAUGGCAGAAACCUGAGGGAAUACGAGCACCAUUUCCUGCAUCGAAAGGUAGCCCUGGUGAGUCAGAGCCCGAUGCUUUUUGCUAGAUCAUUACAUGGGAACAUUGCUUAUGGCUUGCGGGAGAAGAGCCAGGAGGAAGUGGCACAGGUAGCCCGGCGAGUGGGAGCCCACCGGUUUGUUGCCCGACUGAGCCACGGCUACGAAACAGAUGCUGGACAAACAGGAGGCCAGAUCUCUGGGGGGCAGAGGCAGGGGGUCGCUCUUGCUCGAGCCUUGAUCCGAGACCCCAGAGUGCUGAUCCUGGAUGAUGCCACCAGUGCUCUGGACACGGAAAGCCAGCGGGAGGUGGAGAGGGAGAUCUACGAAGGGGAGGCUCGUGGUAGGCGCUCCGUGCUGCUCAUCUCUCACCGGCUGCACAGCGUGGAACGUGCGGAUCUCAUCCUGGUCCUGGAGGAGGGGCAGAUCCGGGAGAAGGGGACCCACCAGGAACUCAUGGAGAGGAAGGGGGCCUAUUGGCAGCUAGUGCAGAGGCAGCAGAAUGGGGCCGAAGGGGGAGGAAACAACGGCUCCCACCAAGUGGGCAAUGGGCCUCUCUGAGGGUAGAAAUAACAGCUAGGCAUCUUGGCCCAGGCUCCAGAAUCUCACCUCUUGAAGGUGAGUUAGAUGUUGUAUCUCUACUUCCAGAAUUCCCAUCAGAACGGGACCUUACUGGUUAGUGGAUUCUGGGAGGUGCAGGUUUUAUUUUUAAAACGUUGAAGCUGCAGAGAUGGUACUCGUACUUGAGUAAGAUUUACCUACCAGUCCGGCUGUCUCCUGCAGGUAGAUUUUUUGUAGUGGGGUCCUGGUCUUUGACUGCAGGAUGCCUCCCACUUACAUGGCACUUAGGCCCCAUACAUUUGCCAGUCCAUCUCCACACACUGUGUGCCUGUUUUUCAUAUUAUUAGAAGACUGUUUUAUUAACUCAGGCUUUUUGGUUUAUGUUUUUAUGAUGCACAAAUCCUUAAGACUGAAUUAUUUGAAGUUCCGCACAUUGCUUUGAAUUGUUGAAUCCCUUAAAAAGUAGCAUAGCCCGGGCUGUGGCACAGGCUGGUCAGCAGCCAGCUGCAACAAAUCACUAUGACCAAGAGGUCAUGAGUUCGAGGCCAGCUCGGAGCCUGCGUUUGUCGCUGUCUUUGUUCUAUGUUAAGGCAUUGAAUUUUUGCCUUAUAUGUGUAAUGUGAUCCGCCUUGAAUCCCCUUCGGGGUGAGAAGGGCGGAAUAUAAAUAUUGUAAAUAAAUAAAUAAAUAUCAUAGGAGUCUUUUUUGAGUGUACCUAAACACUGCCAGCAGUAACUCCUGUGUUUUGUGAAAAUACUGGGAGCAAACCAAAGAUCCAAUACCCAGAACAAGGAUGGCUAUCUUGAUCCACAAGAAUAAAAACAAAAUCCAUGGUGGAAAGGACCUUUAUUAAAAGAAGCAUUAAGAAAAGAGGACAACAUGGAUAGUCGGAUGGACACAACCAAGGAAACCUGUUUUGAGUUUGCAAAGACUUGGCAGGGCUGUUGAAGAUGUGUUGUUUGGGGAGUCUCUUAUUGGUUGGGUUGCAAUAGGGUUGAAGCUAAUUGAACUGUAAAUAAUAAUAAAAUAAUAUUUUUUAAAAAAACGUCUAAAAUGAAAAACAAUAAAAUAAAAAUUAUGCAUG